AUGGCUGUUCUCUCCGUCCGAGACGUUCUCGCCUUCCACAAGCUGGACCGCGGGAUGUACGACAAGCUCGUCGCCCUCGGCACCACCCCCGAAGUCUCCCGCAACGUCGUCGCCCUCUUCAUGUGGCUGGAGCUCAUCGGCGUCGACGUCAUCGUCUACAUCCGCAGCAACCCCGACCACUACAUCCUCCUCCGCCUGGCCGCCGAGGCGGAGUCCAUCCUCGACUGCGUCCGCCGUGACACCCCGCCCAGCGACGGCGCCGACUCCAGCUUGGCCAUCCCCCUCACCGCCUCCCUUGUCAACGAGCCCCUCAACCUGCGCUUCUUCUACUGCCACCGCGACGUGGCGGUGCGCGGGAUCACCCAGAUCCUCGACGGCGUCGGCACGCUCAUCUUCGACGACUACUUGCACGCCCUGCUCGCCGAGUACGAGGCCGAAGUGCAGGCGGCGGAGGCCGAUGCCCGAGGCCGCGCCAAGGCCGUGCUCCCGAUGCUGCCACGGGAGCUGGCCCGGCCGUACCUCCCCCGCGUUUCGCCGACCCCGGAGGACAGCCGCUCCAUGUUCAUCACGUUCUCCAAGGGCUUCCCUCUGAAGCGGGAAGACAUAGUCGAAUACUUCACGGAGAAAUGGGGGGACUGUGUCGAAAGGGUGAUGAUGGAGAAGACGACGACGUCGGCGGCGAUGCCCACGUACGGGAGGAUCGUGUUCACCAGCGAGUCGUUCAUCGGUCUGGUGCUCAACGGGAAGCAGCUGGUUAAGUUCACGAUCAAGGGAAGGCAGCUGUGGGCUCGCAAGUACGAGCAAAGAAAGAACCCAAUAUAA